AAAGUAUGUUGACGUUCUUAUCUUCGUAUUAUCCUGGGAUAAUUCAUGAUAAUUGCAUGUACGUGAUGUACUGGAGGCGCUUGCGCGUUUUAUAUUGAAGAUGAUACAAUGUACGCAGUCCACGGGUCUGGAGUCGUGAGGACUCAUUGUGUGCAUCGAGUUCUUUACCCUACGUCUUCGGGAUUUAGUUAGAGGUUACGUGACAUUAGUAAGAGAUAACGAUUUUUAGAAAAAAAACUUAUCUUACAGUUGAUUUAAAUUGAAAAAAAAACUCGUGGAUUAAUAGUACACGAGUUAAUAAAAAAAUAACGAACAGUAUAUACGUUGACAAUUUGAUCGACAUAAAACAAAAGAAAAAUGUUUUCCGGCUUAACUAAUCAGGUGUCCAAUUGGAUGGGUAAGAAGGGCGAGGAAAAUUCGGAACUUACGGAAGAAAAGCCAAUGUCACCUGGUGAAACUGAUCAGGAUUUGGAAAAAAAAGAUAACAGUCCUACAAAAGGUAGUAAAUUGGAGAUGCUUGCUGGAGUAAAAUCUCAAAUGACUGGUUGGUUAAGUGGUGGAAUACCAGGAUUAACAAGUCGAGGGACUGCAGAAGCAACAGAAGGUGAAGUUCAACAGUCAGGAGAAGCAAAUGAGAAUCAAGCAUCGGGGGAAAGUGCACAGGGCACAUCGCCCGAUCAUGUAAAAGACGAUGAUGCUAGCAGGUGGGUCUCAGGUGCAACUGGAGGUGCUGACAGUGGUCCAGCAAGCCUCGAAGGUACACCAACAGAAGACAAAGAUGGCCAACAAGCAUUUGGCGCUGUUUCAACGAAAGCUUUAGCUGGAGCAAAGAGUCUUGGUGGUUUCCUCUAUAGUGCUGUUAAUAAAGCAGGAAAAACAGUUGUUGAAGCCAGUGCGAAAAUCAAGAAAACCGUCGAGGAAAAUGUAAAUAAUCAGAGAUUGAUCGCAGAGUUGAACAAAGAGCAAGAUGCCUUUAUUGCUAGUAAAAAUACUGAAAAAGGUGAGGCUGUCGCUCCAUGGGUUGGAGCACCAAAUGAAGAUGCGUUACGUGAAGAAUGCCUAGCUCUAUCAACUGAUCGUCGUAACUUUGUAAGAGCUCCACCACCAGGAGUAGAAUUCGAUUGGGAUUUCGAAGCAGUACAACCUAUGGCUCAGGCCACACUUGCCCUAGAUCCUAACUUAGAGAGCAUGAGGUUCGAAUUGGUCCCCAAAGUGAUAAGUGAAGAAAACUUCUGGCGUAAUUACUUUUAUCGAGUCUCCCUACUUCGACAGAGUCAUGAGCUAAAUGCAAUGUCUAGUUUAGCAGAAAGUAAUCUAAGCGAGACAUCGAAAGCAACAUCAGGAGAUCCAUCGGCAGCAAUCGAUCACCCCCAAGCUCGAGUAGAUAGCAGUGAAGAAGUUACAAAAGAUGUAGUUACAACAAAAGUUGACCCUACCAGUUCCAACGGGGAUGAGCUUAUUCGUGACCAUGUAAAAGUAUCUGUUAAAGAUGUGCAAAAGGUCAAAGAAGACAUUAAAAAGUUGGCUAAAUCGUCCAAAGAAGAAGAAUGGGAAGGUGAAUUGGAAGCUGAGCUGAAGGACUUUGAGAUUGUGCCGGGUGAUAAAAAAGCUACAGCAUCAACAACAAAUACAACAUCUGGAAAGGAAGACUGGGAGCAACAGAUGGAUGAGCUGCUUGGUGAAGAUGAAGAUUUAAAAUGAAUCAGCAGCCAAUUAGGGAUAAUUGUGCUUGAUUAAUUUGUUAGAGUUGCAAUGGGAUAUAAAGAUGAAUGUUGUUCAUUGAAAAACAAAAAUGUUUCUCUUUGACAAAAAAACAUCUCAAUGCUUUUAACACAUCAUAGCUCGUUGUACUAUUGAUCGCACAAAAUUCAUUGAUGUGUAAUAAUAAAUAAAUAAUAAUGCUACGCCAGCCUCUGUACAGACAAAGAUUAUAAUUAAUUGUUAUAGUCACUUAUAGAUAACUGAAAAAUAUAUUUAUUACAAUUGAAUAUAGCAAUUCAAUGCGCGCCAGAGAAAUAUAAAUGUAAAAAUUGUUUAAGAAAAAAAUAAGUUGUAUGUUUUGUUCUGGUUUUUUGUAAUUAAUAAUAAUGAUUUAUUAGCGUAUUAAGUAAUUAAAUAAUAAUAUGCAAAAGCUUUUAACCUGCAUUUUUAUGUAUCUUCUAUGCGAAUUGUUUGUAGUAAGAGAAUUGAAUUACUAUGCGUAGAAUUUACUGAAAUUUCAAAUAUUUGUAAAGGGCCUAAUAUCAUCAAGGAAAACCUAUAUAUUAUCAGUAAUAAAUUAUUACUAUCAAAAAAGAACUGGAAAGAGCUUUCUAAUUAGAACAGGUUUGCAUUAUUGAAGGUGUAAAAAUAUUCCAUUGUUUAUAUCAGUUAUUUAUUAAAUCUUGAUCAAACAUGAUCAUUAAUUUUGUUCAUUGUUUUUAUGGCAUCGUGUUACUUCAGAUGCAACAAUAUAAUGUGAUGAUGAUAAUAUAUAACGUGAAAAAAAGAAAAAAAUAGAUGAAAUUAAAUAAUAAUUUAAAUAAAUUAAAAGCAUGACUUUUAAAACGUCAUAUCUAAGUCUAAUGAGUCGAGUUAAUAGAGUUUUAUUUGAAUAAUAUUCUCUGAUACAAAAUAAUUAUAUUUAUCCGUAAGAUUAUACACUUCGGUACUUAUGUAUGAUGUAUAUACACACCGUACACAUUACCUAUAUAAAAUAUAUGUUGUUGAAUCCAUUGAAAGUAUGAUAUAAUAUAUAUAAAUAUAUAUUAUGACUAUGAUUAUUAAUUAAAAUAUAAUGAUACAGCAGACUUUAAUGAGAAGAUAACUAUUGAAAAUAAAUUAAUAUUAUUGCGAUAAUGUAUAACAAUAAAACUCGUGUACCUCGUGAAACAAUAAAAUAUCGCGUCAACUAA